AUGGUCCGACCUGUUGGCCUGUUCGAUAGCACUCAGGUCCUCGGCCACACGUGCGAGAUCCUUGCUGGCGACACGCACCUCGUGCGUGAAUGUUGCACUUCCUAUGACAGCCUGUCCAUCAAUGUCCUCCCGAUCACUAUGGCGGGUCGCGAGAAAACGCCUGUCAGCAGGUUAGAGCAGUCGCCUUCUCACUCCCCUCUUGCGCCUUCGGGAGAUCUGGCCCCGGAAGAUGAUAUCGACACCGGUGAAGGGGGACGCCCGCCGGUGCGACCACAAUUAGCUCAUCCUGUGUACGUGUCGCUGAUUCCCAUAGGUCGCGGCAUCAUUGGGCAGCUCAGAUACGGACUCGGCUCUGGGGGUGAACAGAGCGAUGAUUCGAAUUCGACAUCAUCACUGCGCUCCAGUAUUUUUGAGAUGGAGGAGGAAAAUGGACGAUACAUCUUGCCCAGCGAUGAGGGUGAGAGUGAACGCUUGGACGUUCAACACGAGCAUUUCUUACAGACAUUCUACAACCGCCUGUGCUUUGCGCUGGGCGCGCCAACGGCCAAGCGAGUGCUUGACGCAGGGACCGGCACCGGCAUAUGGGCAAUAGAUUUUGAUUCGACAUGUGCGGGCCGCGCCAUGGCUAACCAGAAGAGCCACCUGAACCCGAAUGGCUGGGUUGAGAUGGUCGACAGUGUGUUCCCCCUGGGCUGCGACGACGGGUCACUGACCCCCGAGCACACUCUGUAUGAAUGGUCCCAACUACUCCUGCAGGCUUCCCGGAAAUUCGGCCGGUCCUUGGCCGAUGCGAAGGACCACAGGCAGCGGCUGCGCGACCGGGGCUUCAUCAACGUCGUGGAAAAGAGCUUCAAGUGGCCGACCAAUAAAGACUGGCCCAGCAGCAAGUAUCUCAAGAACAUUGGGAACUGGACGCAUUUCAACAUUGACCGCUCACUGGAAGGCUUGAGCAUGGCCCUGCUCACGAGAGGGCACGGCUGGACCCAAGAGGAGGUGCUUGCCUAUUUGCCAGCAGUGAGGAAGGACAUGCGGGAUCCGACGAUCAAGGCCUACUGGCAUGUGCUCGUGGUGUACGGGCAGAAGCCGGAUCUCCCGGCAGACGACGAGUAG